AUGGGAGGCACAACAAAGCAUAUAUACUCAUUGCCGGUACCAGGCACUGAGGAAGAAGGAUACACCCCUGUUUACCGGUCACCUAAGUAUAUGGAAAAGCUUCUUUCCUAUAAGGAUGUACUAGACGGCAAGAUAACCACAGGAUGGGAUGUAUUCCAACAUGGCUUAAGUCUUGAUCCCGAUGCCCCUUGCUUGGGUACUAGGGUUAGGAAAGAGGAUGGUACCCUUGGGGACUAUGUUUUCACCUCAUACCGUGAGACUGAGGCUAUUGUGCAGCGAUUUGGCAGUGGCCUUCUUACACUAAAUGGGAUACAAAAGGUAGAGGUGCACGCACCCGAACCUGUGGAAGCAAUGAUGAUCGGUAUAUACGCAUCGAACUGUUUUGAAUGGUUAAUCUGCGAGCAGACUGCUAAUGCCUUUGGGUUUACUAUUGUGCCGAUAUACGACACUAUUGGAGAAGAAUCGAUCAUACACAUUUUGGAGAAGUCUGAUAUAAAUGUCAUCGUCUGUGAUUUUACCUGCGCGCAGAAAAUCGUUCGAGUAUUGCCAAAAGCAAAAUCACACACCAUACGAAAUAUUAUAAUUACGGGUACUGAUACGGUGUCUACGGGAGAUUGUAUGGUGGACGUGUGUCUGUUUUCUGAUGUGCUUGCUAAAGGCGAUGCUUCGCUGGCGCCAUUUAACCCAGCAAAGCCUGAAAUGGUGAAUACCAUAUCAUACACAUCUGGUACUUCUGGAAUACCCAAGGGUGUUAUUCUAACUCAGGGCCAAAUGGCCUCCCUCAUUGCUGUUGUCAACCAAACGGUGGGCGAGCUUAAUGGUGUGUCUGUCGAUGCAGUGAAGUGCUACCUCAGCUAUCUUCCACUUGCCCACAUGUAUGAGCGUUUGUAUAUCAAUUCAUCGCUCUUCAUUGGUGGCAAGAUUGGUCUAUACAGUGGUGAUGUACGCAACAUCUUGGACGACCUUGAAACACUUAAGCCAACGGUAUUCGUUAGUGUACCGAGGCUUUUCUUCAGGAUCCAUGACAAGGUAUUCUCCAAUGUAGCAAGGAAACCCUGGAUUAUCCGAUGGCUGUUCAACACCGCCUUGAACGCUAAAAUGAACCGUAUCAGGAAUACAGGUAACUGCAAGCAUCCUCUGUGGGACAAAAUUGUAUUCAAAAGGUUCCCUGCACUUUUUGGUGGUAACGUCCAGUGGAUGAUGACCGGUUCCGCACCACUAUCGCCGCUUACUUAUGACAGAGUAAGAGCUAUAUUCGGUACCGAGUUGAUAUCUGGUUACGGUCUUACCGAGACAGCUGCUGGUGCCGUUUUGAAUAGGAGCGGUGAGACUGAUACGACACAUGUGGGUGGUAUUAUCCCGACUCUUGAAUUCAGGCUUAAGUCUUUACCUGAUUUUGGGUACUCUGCCAAUGACCCGAAUCCCAGGGGUGAACUUAUGUUCCGAGGCAGCCAUGUGACCUGUGGUUACUUCAGGAACCCCGAAGCUACAGCUGAAGCUUUCAAGGAUGGAUGGUUGCUAACCGGUGAUAUUGCUGAGCUCCUUCCGAAUGGUGCCAUCAAAAUUAUCGACCGUAGGAAGAACAUAUUUAAGCUUGUCCAAGGAGAAUACAUUUCACCUGAAAAGUUAGAAUCUGUGCUUAUUGGUUGUCCUCUUAUUAGUCAAGCAUUUGUCACCGGCAAGUCUACUGAAGUAUACCCCGUUGCCAUAGUGGUCCCAGACGAGACCGAGAUGCAAUAUUGGGCUACAGACCACAAGCAAUCGUUGAAAUCGCUGCAGGAGAUCAGUCAACUUCCGGAGUUCAAAAAUUCCGUGAUGGAGCAGAUGAACAAGGCAUACGAUGAAGCGGGUGUUAAAGGUUUUGAGCGUUGUAAGCAUAUAUACAUCGAGAUGGAGCCUUUCUCUAUUGGUAACGACAUGUUGACAACUACUAACAAGCUUCGCCGUCAUAAAGCCACUAAGAAGUAUGAGGAAGUGGUUGACAACCUUUACAACCUUGGCAACGCUAUGUAA